GAUGACUGUCGGCGGCAACACAGCGGUGGCCAACCGUAUGGCAAACGCCGGCCGACGGCUGUCACAGCACUUUCCCUAUGCGUUCAGUCAGUGUUUGGCUGAGGGCUCACUGUAUGCCAAAUGCAUUGAAGCCAAUGAUGUCCAUAACGUCCGCAAAGAUGUCACCAACACAUCCACCGAAGACACCGCACACACACUCUCUAUCACAUACACUGAGACAAUGUCGGCGGCCAUCGAGUCCUCCGAUUGCAAUAACAUACACGAAGAGCGGUUCCAAUACACGGAUCAGUGGACGAUCACCACAAAGAAGUCCCAUAUAUUGCAGUCGAAAUGUGUGUCGCCUUUCAUUUGCGACAAAACCAAAGAC